GCCGUCGAGGAGGCGCUGCCGCUGCUGCCGCCGCCGCUGCUGCCGCCGCCGCCCGCGGAGCCGGAGCUCGAACCGCAGCGGGGAUGCCGUUCUGAGUGCCUGACUGCCUCGCCCCGAAGGAUGGCCUUGGAUGGGCAUUAGAGGCAAGGCGGCCCCGGGCUCCUGUCCCGUCCGUCUGUCUGUUAUCGUCUGUUUCUCUUGACAUCACCGCAGCUCCACCCCCUCCUGUCCCAGUCCCCAGCGCCAGCUUCCUGCGGGCCCAGAGCCGGCAUGAACUCUCCCAACGAGUCGGAUGGCAUGUCAGGCCGGGAACCAGCCUUGGAAAUCCUGCCACGGACUCCUCUGCACAGCAUCCCUGUGGCAGGUGACCUUGGACAAGCGUGUUCCCUCUCUGGCCUCACUUUCCUCUUCCUGCAGCUGGGAGCGCUGGGUUGCUGAGCUCCAGGCCUUUCUCUCACUGACAUUCUAAGGGUCUCUGAGUGGAGGUGAAACCAGUGCUGCCGGGAGCCAUGCCCAGCUCCAUGGGCGGUGGGGGUGGAGGCAGCCCCAGCCCCGUGGAGCUGCGUGGGGCUCUGGCAGCCCCCGUGGACCCUGCGCUACGAGAGCAGCAGCUGCGGCAGGAGCUCCUGGUGCUCAAGCAGCAGCAGCAACUGCAGAAGCAGCUCCUGUUUGCGGAGUUCCAGAAGCAGCAUGACCACCUGACCCGGCAGCAUGAGGUCCAGCUGCAGAAGCACCUCAAGCAACAGCAGGAGAUGCUGGCAGCUAAGAGGCAGCAGGAGUUGGAGCAGCAGCGGCAGCGGGAGCAGCAGCGGCAGGAGGAGCUGGAGAAGCAGCGGCUAGAGCAGCAGCUGCUGAUCCUGCGCAACAAGGAGAAGAGCAAAGAGAGCGCCAUCGCCAGCACUGAGGUAAAGCUGAGGCUUCAGGAAUUCCUCUUGUCAAAGUCAAAGGAGCCCACGCCAGGCGGCCUCAACCAUUCCCUCCCACAGCACCCUAAAUGCUGGGGAGCCCACCAUGCUUCUUUGGACCAGAGUUCCCCUCCCCAAAGCGGCCCUCCUGGGACGCCUCCCUCCUAUAAACUGCCUUUGCUUGGGCCGUAUGACAGCCGUGAUGACUUCCCCCUCCGCAAAACAGCCUCUGAACCAAACUUAAAAGUACGGUCAAGGCUAAAACAGAAGGUGGCAGAGCGGAGAAGCAGUCCCCUUCUGCGCCGAAAGGAUGGCACUGUUAUUAGCACCUUUAAGAAGAGAGCAGUUGAAAUCACAGGCGCUGGGCCUGGGGUGUCGUCCGUGUGUAACAGUGCACCUGGCUCCGGCCCCAGCUCUCCCAACAGCUCCCACAGCACCAUUGCUGAGAACGGCUUUACUGGCUCAGUCCCCAACAUCCCCACCGAGAUGCUCCCCCAGCACCGGGCCCUCCCUCUGGACAGCUCCCCCAACCAGUUCAGCCUCUACACGUCUCCCUCUCUGCCCAACAUCUCCCUAGGGCUACAGGCCACGGUCACUGUCACCAACUCGCACCUCACUGCCUCCCCGAAGCUGUCAACACAGCAGGAGGCCGAGAGGCAGGCCCUUCAGUCCCUGCGGCAGGGUGGCACGCUGACGGGCAAGUUCAUGAGCACAUCCUCCAUCCCCGGCUGCCUGCUGGGUGUGGCACUGGAGGGCGACACAAGCCCCCACGGGCAUGCCUCCCUGCUGCAGCAUGUGCUGCUACUGGAGCAGGCCCGGCAACAGAGCACCCUCAUUGCUGUGCCCCUCCAUGGGCAGUCCCCAUUGGUGACAGGUGAACGUGUGACCACCAGCAUGCGAACAGUGGGCAAGCUCCCGAGGCAUCGGCCCCUGAGCCGAACGCAGUCCUCCCCGCUGCCGCAGAGUCCUCAGGCCCUGCAGCAGCUGGUUAUGCAACAGCAACACCAGCAGUUCCUGGAGAAGCAGAAGCAGCAGCAGCAGCUGGGCAAGAUUCUCACCAAAACAGGGGAGCUGCCGAGGCAGCCCACCACCCACCCAGAGGAGACAGAGGAGGAGCUGACAGAACAGCAGGAGGCCUUGCUAGGGGAAGGCGCCCUGACCAUGCCCAGGGAAGGCUCCACGGAGAGUGAGAGCACCCAGGAAGACCUAGAAGAGGAGGAGGAUGAAGAUGAGGAAGAGGAAGACUGCAUCCAGGUCAAGGAUGAGGAGGGCGAGAGUGGCCCUGAGGAGGGUCCUGACUUGGAGGAGUCCAGUGUGGGUUACAAAAAGCUGUUCACAGAUGCCCAGCAGCUACAGCCUCUGCAGGUGUACCAGGCACCCCUCAGCCUGGCCACUGUGCCUCACCAGGCCCUGGGCCGCACCCAAUCCUCACCUGCUGCUCCUGGGGGCAUGAAGAGUCCCCCAGACCAGCCCACCAAGCACCUCUUCACCACAGGUGUGGUCUACGACACAUUCAUGCUGAAGCACCAGUGCAUGUGUGGCAACACGCAUGUGCACCCAGAGCACGCUGGCCGCAUCCAGAGCAUCUGGUCCCGGCUGCAGGAGACUGGCCUGCUCAGCAAGUGUGAGCGGAUCCGGGGUCGCAAAGCCACACUGGACGAGAUCCAGACGGUACACUCGGAAUGCCACACCCUGCUGUACGGGACCAGCCCCCUCAACCGGCAGAAGCUGGACAGCAAGAAGCUGCUUGGCCCCAUCAGCCAGAAGAUGUAUGCCAUGCUGCCUUGCGGGGGCAUUGGGGUGGACAGCGACACCGUGUGGAACGAGAUGCACUCCUCCAGUGCUGUGCGCAUGGCUGUGGGCUGCUUGGUGGAGCUGGCCUUCAAGGUGGCUGCCGGAGAGCUCAAGAAUGGAUUUGCCAUCAUCCGGCCCCCAGGACAUCAUGCUGAGGAGUCCACGGCCAUGGGGUUCUGCUUCUUCAAUUCUGUAGCCAUCACAGCCAAACUCCUGCAGCAGAAGUUGAACGUGGGCAAGGUCCUCAUCGUGGACUGGGACAUUCAUCAUGGCAAUGGCACCCAGCAAGCAUUCUACAAUGACCCCUCUGUGCUCUACAUCUCCCUGCAUCGUUAUGACAAUGGCAACUUCUUUCCGGGCUCUGGGGCUCCUGAAGAGGUUGGUGGAGGGCCAGGCAUAGGGUACAAUGUAAAUGUGGCAUGGACAGGAGGUGUGGACCCCCCUAUUGGCGAUGUGGAGUACCUGACAGCCUUCAGGACAGUGGUGAUGCCCAUUGCCCACGAGUUCUCCCCCGACGUGGUCCUAGUCUCUGCUGGGUUUGAUGCUGUUGAAGGACAUCUGUCUCCACUGGGUGGCUAUUCUGUCACCGCCAGAUGUUUUGGCCACUUGACCAGGCAGCUGAUGACACUGGCGGGGGGCCGGGUGGUGCUGGCCCUGGAGGGAGGCCAUGACUUGACCGCCAUCUGUGAUGCCUCUGAGGCCUGUGUCUCAGCUCUACUCAGCGUGGAGCUACAGCCCUUGGAUGAGGCAGUCUUACAGCAAAAGCCCAAUGUCAAUGCAGUGGCAACAUUAGAGAAAGUCAUCGAGAUCCAGGGCAAACACUGGAGCUGUGUGCAGAGGUUUGCCACUGGUCUGGGCCGCUCUUUGCGGGAGGCCCAGGCAGGUGAGACCGAGGAGGCCGAGACUGUGAGCGCCAUGGCCUUGUUGUCAGUGGGGGCUGAGCAGGCCCAGGCUGCUUCUGCCCUAGAGCACACCCCCAGUUUCCUCCCUGUGCUUGUGCCCACAGACCGGCAGAGGAGCCCAUGGAGCAGGAGCCUGCCCUGUGACACCCUGGCCCCCAUCCCUCUGGGCUUCAUCAUUGUGAUUUUGUUUAUUUUUUCUAUUAAAAACAAAAAGUCACACAUUCAACAGCGUGUGCCGUGUGGGUCUCUCAGCCUUGCCCCUCCUGCUCCUCUUAAGUCGCCUCAGGCCCCCUGCCGUAUGGCCCUAGAAGUCUGCUCCUUGUGAAGGGGGUCAGGGAGCCCUGUCUACCCCUCCUUCAUACUGUAUCCCAUACCCACGUCCCUGUAUUCUGUCCUUUUCCACCUUGGACAGUGCCCCAGAUCGUUCCCUUUAAUGCUGGGGCACCCGAGUCAGGCAGGAACAGUUAAGUUGGUGCCUUGGCUUCACCUGACUUGCAGGGAAUGCCUUAAUUGCACACGCCCCCACCCCCCAGCCUCAGGAGGGUCCUCUACGAUCUAAGACACAGAGCAGAGUGCUGCACUUGCCCUGCCUCUCUCCUCCCCACGAGUCUGCAGCUCCCUCUCUCUGACUUCAGCACCUGCAACAGGCUUCUGCCCAGGAUGUGGGUCUGGUCUUGCCUCACACUCCCAGCAGCCCAGGUGACAGGGGGGUGGGAGUAGUGUUGGGCUCCUGGGUUCUGAGGGGCUAGGAGGAGCUGAAGAAGAAGGUGGGAUUUCCGCCUCAUUCUCUUGACAUGCAGGGGAGCGCCACGCUGUUGAGAAUCCUUGACGUUCAGGACCGGAUUUCCCCCAGCCAUGAGCAUGCUGCAAGCAGGACCAGAACUCACCUCCCUCCUGGGGCUCUUUGCUUUGAAGCUUGGGGACAGUGAGAUAAAUGGUUCUAGAACAGACAGGGCCCAGAAGCUGGCCCUUGGGCAGAGCUUCCCUUUCUCCUGAGCUCCCUUUGCUGGUCGCUAGCCUAAGAGACCACCCAAGACCAGGAGGGGCCUGGGGGUGUCCUUGGCUGUUUAGGCUUCUAGGAAAUGUGGUUCAGCCUGUAGGAAACCAAAGAUGGGAAGUGGCUCCUAGGGGGCCAACUCUUCCUCCCCAAUACCACACACUUUCUCUCCCCACAUCCCCAGGGCCCACUAAUCUGUUUACAUAUUUAUUAUUCUGCUGGGGGCCUGAGCAGGGUUGAGGGAACUAGGGGAGGGGGCAGGAGUCCCACCACUGUUGGUUCAUUGUAUAAUUAAUUGUGUGUUGUGUUCUAGAUCCUCCUGGGGAUGGGGACGGGGCUAGGAGCAGUAUGCCAGGCCUCUGCGCUGAACCUGAGCUCUGAGUCCCUUACCCUUUCUCUCCCUGUGGCUCUGGUUCUCAUGUAAACCCACUCCUGCUUUGUUUCUCUAGAUAGGGAUUUUAGUUAAGUAUUUUGUAUCCCGUUACACUGUGUGUCCUUGUGUAAAUAAACUUGUUUGUGUCAGUGCC